AUGAAGAUUUGUGUAGUUGGCGCUGGCCCCGCUGCCGCGUAUUUUAUCAAAGAGUCUCUGGCCAGAAGUAAGUCCGCUGUUUUUGACGUAUUCGAAAAGAGCUCAAUGCUACUGGGGUACCUAGCAAAGGGCGUAGCACCAGACCAGAGGGCAAUUCGAGAAACUAUUCCCAUUCUGGAGAAAGUGUUUAAGAGCCCGCAAGUAAAUUUGUUCACGGGUGUAGAGGUCGGAAAGGACGUAGACCUGAAAAAUAAAGAGCAUGCAUACAGCGCCAUAGUAAUUGCAUCUGGUGCUGAUGUACGGCACAUAGACAUAGCAGGACAGAAGUACGCAGUGCCAGCUGAUAAGAUAGUGCGGCACAUUGCAGAUAGCAAGCCAGUGAUAGCAAAGGGCAGAAUAGCAGUCAUAGGAAACGGGAAUGUAGCACUGGAUAUAUCGAGAAUGCUCCUGCACUCAGAAGAGAUGAAGAAGCACAGCUCCUCGCUGGAGGGGAUAGAAGUGAGAGAGGUUGAGGUGAUAGGAAGACACUCACCAGAGGAAGCAAAGUUCACAAACCCUGUGCUCUCUGAGCUAUUGGAGUAUCCAUCAUCUGUGGAAAUAUCAGAGAGAGCAAAAAGAUGGUUUGCAGAAAGAGGAACAAAUGUGCCCCGGCCGCUAAUUCGAAGGGGUCAAAUGCUAAUGAAGAAAGAUCCAGAGCACACAGAGCACAGCACUCUACAAAAAAAGAUGAAGUUUACAUUCUGGGAGAGCCCCAUCUGGAUCACAAAGAAAACCAGUCGCACUAGUGCUGAGCUGGUGGAUCACAGCAAAAGAACAGAGAAUAGCAAGGAAAAUAAGAGCAAUAAUUAUGGUGGUACUGAAAACAAAAAAAACAUGAAAAAAGGUGAAAAUGAUUACAAUGGCAGUAAAACUAGCAAAAGCACACUGAAAAUUACCGAGCCUUCUACGAGGUACGAGCUGACAACAAUAGACGAUAGAGGACAGCUGAGAACAAGGGAGUGCGAUGGCAUUGUAUCAGCAAUAGGGUACAAACCAAAAGACUUUAGCGGUAUCCUUAAAGGAGUUACUGUUCCUGUGUAUGAAAUAGGCUGGGCUAAAACUAAGGGCCAGGGAGCUCUGACAGAUGCCUACACCACAGCACAGGCAGCAGCAGAUGCCUUAUUUGCUGCAAAAGAGUGUGAUGCUCAGGGUAUAGAAUAA